AGCGAAAUGGGCCGCGCAAGAGCAACCUUCACGAACACACAGUCGUGACGUGUCACGUUUCCCCGUGUCCGGAAGUCUGGCCUGACCAGCUAGAUGUUGUUCUUUCAGAUUUUUGUGGUGCCUCUGAUUAUGUUCAGCUAAAAGAAAUGGUUGAUUUACACAAUAUUUGUGUCUGUGUUUGAACUAGGUAAAUGCUGCCAUCGGCAUUCAGUUCCAAGUGUAGAGAGGACUUCUUGGGUAACAUACUUGAGUUAUAUUCCAAUGAGCGACCGGAGAUCAGUCGGCAGGCUCCAGAAAUGUCCCUUAAGACGUCCCUGCAUCGGAUCUCUGGGACAGACGAGGACACUUUGUAGGAUAUUCUGCUUUGGUUGAAGUCCAUUCCUCCCAGCUGUUCCGCUCCCAGACGAGUGAAGAUGGAUGAAAAGUACAGCAGCAAUGUUCUCUCUAGUGGGAAACUCGGAAUGGUUGAAGUGCCCAAUGCCAGGUUAACAAGGUACAUCAUCUUACUGCUCAUCUCCAAAGUCCUUAAAGCUGUCGGGAUCUUUGAGUCAUAUGACAUUCUCAAAGUUGUCCAUAUUGUCCAGUUUAUCUUCAUACUGAAAUUAGGGAGUGCAGUGGUUUUGCUUUUCUUUCAAAAGCCUUUCUCUUCUGGAAAAGCCAUUUCAAAAAGACAGUGGAUAAAGCUACUCAAACAUUCCGUCUUAGGAUGCAUCAUCUCCUUACUGGGUUUCUUCGGACUCACGCUCUGUGGCCCGCUGAGGACAUUGCUGCUGUUUGAGCACAGCGAUGUGGUGGUCCUCGCUCUGCUGGCAGUGCUCUUCACCACCUCAGGGGGCGGACCCUCUAAGACCAGAGGUGCUGCCCUCUUCAUCAUCGCUGUGGUCUGCCUCCUCCUCUUCGACAACGAUGACCUCAUGGCCAAGAUGGCGGAGCAUCCGGAGGGUCACCACGACAGUGCCCUCACCCAUUUCCUCUACACUGCCAUCGCGUUCCUUGGUGUGGCCGAUCACAAGGGUGGGGUGGUGCUGCUGGUGGUCUCGCUGUGUCUGAAGGUGGGCUUCCACUCCGCCUCCAGGAAGCUCUCUGUUGAGGUGGGCGGGGCCAAGCGGCUCUACGCCUUGGACAACCUGGUGUCCAGCGCCGUGCUGCUGCCCUGGGUCAUCGUGCUGUCGGCCACCACCGAGAGCAAGGUGGAGUCGUGGUCGGGCCUCAUCCUGCCCCUGGCCCUGAUCGUGUUCUCGGUGAUGAUCCUGGAGUUCUACGUGGAGGCGGUGUGCGCCGCCAAGAUGGAGGCGCCGCGCUGCGCUCGCUACAGCACCGCCGCCCUCUUCCUGAGCGCCCUGCUGCUCGCCCACUUCUGGAGCCACCCCUUCACGGACCGGCUGCUGUCCGUCCGGACCCCCCUGCACGGCCGCGGGGGCACGGAGCACGUGCUCUCCGGGGGCGUUGUGGUCAGCGCCGUCAUCUUCGUCUUGGCCUCCAGCAUCCUGUCGGCGCCCUCCAGGAAGGGGCAGAAGGGCACCCUGGUGGGCUACUCCCCCGAGGGCACCCCGCUCUACAACUUCAUGGGCGACGCCCUGCAGCACACCUCUCAGAGCCUCCCCCGCUUCAUCAAGGAGUCCCUGAAGCAGAUCCUGGAGGAGUACGACUCCCGGCAGAUCUUCUACUUCCUCUGUCUCAACCUGGCGUUCACCUUCGUGGAGCUCUUCUACGGCGCGUGGACCAACAGCCUGGGCCUCAUCUCGGACGGCUUCCACAUGCUGUUCGACUGCUCGGCGCUGGUCCUGGGUCUGUUCGCCGCCCUCAUGACCCGCUGGAAGGCCACCAAGAUCUACUCCUACGGAUACGGCCGCGUGGAGAUCCUGUCUGGCUUCAUCAACGGGCUGUUCCUCAUGGUGAUCGCCUUCUUCGUGUUCGUGGAGUCGGUGUCGCGGCUCUUCGACCCUCCCGACAUCAACACGGACAUGCUCACGCCGGUGUCGGUGGGAGGCCUCCUCGUCAACCUGGUUGGCAUCUGUGCCUUUAGCCACGCCCACUCGCACGGCGCCGCCAAGAGCUGUCCGUCAAGCGACCACGGCCACUCCCACAAUGAGCACGGCCACGGGCACGCUCACGGCGGCCACGGGCACGCUCACGGCAGCCACGGGCACGCUCACGGAGGCGGGGGCGGAGGGAUGAACGCCAACAUGAGAGGUGUGUUCCUCCACGUGCUGGCGGACACGCUGGGCAGCGUGGGCGUCAUCAUCUCCACCCUGCUCAUCAACCAGUUUGGCUGGCUGAUCGCCGACCCCAUCUGCUCGCUCUUCAUCGCCGUGCUCAUCUUCCUCAGCGUCAUCCCGCUCAUCAAGGACGCCUGUGAGGUGCUGGUGCUGCGGGCCCCGCCCGAGCACGAGAAGGAGCUGGACCACGCGCUGGCCAAGGUGGAGAAGAUCGACGGAGUCCUAUCCUACCGAGACGCUCACUUCUGGAGGCACUCGGCCAGCAUGGUGGCCGGGACCAUUCACAUCCAGGUGAUGGCGGAGGUGUUGGAGCAGAGGGUCAUACAGCAGGUGACGAGUGUGCUGAAGGACGCCGGGGUGAACAACCUGUCGGUGCAGGUGGAGAAGGAGGCCUACUUCCAGCACAUGUCGGGCCUGAGCAGCGGUUUCCACGAGGUGCUGGCCAUGACGCAGCAGAUGGAGAGCGUGCAGUGCCUGAAGGACGGGACUUGUAUCAUGUAGCCCAGGGAACGCGGACCAAAGUACAACUCGCUUUGUUUACCUCUGAGAGUUAUUUUUCUUUUUUCGCUCACUAAAAUGUAUAUGUUUGUGUUUUCUUGUAAAAUAAACCGAGUAUACCGAUUUUAA